AUGAAGUUGAGACAGGUGAUGGAUGUUGUUGAGAUAAGAAAUGAAGUGGAUAAGUAUUUGUUAGAGCCACCUGAAAAUCUUAGAAAUCCCAACUUUGGCCUGUUGGCUUGGUGGCAAGAAAAUAGUCCAAAGUUUCCAGUUAUAUCCCAAAUGGCUAAGGAUGUAUUUGGCAUUCCAAUCUCUACUGUGGCUUCAGAAUCUGCCUUUAGUUUGGGUGGUAGAAUUGUAGAUCCUUUUUGUGCUUCUUUGACUCCAAGAAUGGUGGAGGCCUUGGUUUGCACAAGUGAUUGGUUGAAAGCCGAGGAGUUCUCCUUGUACAAGGAUCCCACUAAGGAGGAACUUGAGUUCUAUGAUGCUUUGGAGAAAAUUGAGAUUGAGGUAUAUUCUAGUUCUGAAAUGAUAGAAAAAGUGGUUGCCAGUCCAUCUUGA